AUGGCACAAACUGUAGUCGAAAAAGUAGACCAACUUAGCCAAACAUUAUUUCCUGGACUACCUCCUCAACUUCACUUACUUACUGCUGUAGAAGUUAUUAAUAACGCAGCGAUCAACACUGACGAUGUGCUGAAUAAUGACCGAUCAACAUUGAAAACUGUACAAAAUAUGCUGCGAUACCUGCGAAUAAGAGCAAUUACGGGCGAUGUAGAAGCGAAGUUGAAGUUAUGGACAAUAUUAAAGAGAAAACAACCAACGGAUAAAGCUUAUCCUGAAAAAAAUAACGAGGCUACAUUAUGGGCUCGUAGUUUAUUCGAUCGCCAGCUUAUGAAUGCUUUAUCGCAUUGUUCACUAGAGUUGAUUGCGUUGGUGACGGAAGAUGCUGAAAACAGUUCCUUUACAAACAUAAUCUUUAAAGCAGCUAAUCGCAAAUCUUACACGAAGGAUACAUCAAGCGAGAAGCAAAGGAGGCGGAAGAAUAAGCAGCAUCGAAACAUGUCCUAUUUAAUGGGGCUACUUCUUAUAAGUGGCAUAGGAGUGAAACAGGACGUGUCAGAGGGUGCAACAUUAUUGGCGAAAGCUUUUAAGCUUGGUCAUGAAGGUGCUGGCAUUGAAUUAGCUAAGGUUUUCAAUGAUCCUUACAAAUUUCCUCAACAAUAUAACGUCGAGAAGAGCCUACAGAUCUGCGAAACGGUUGUAGAACAAAAAAACCUUCGCGGGCCUUUCGACAGAAGCGCAAUAAUAGACCUAGCACGCAUAUAUUACGAAGGCAGCGAAACAGUUGCGCGAGAUAUAGAGAAGGCGUAUAAAUUCGCUCGUCGUAUUGCAGAGAGUUUAGGCGAGCAAUAUUGUCAAUUUAUUGUAGGAGAUACGCUAUUAGAACCUCCAGCAAAUUCAACAAUUCAGCGUGAUGUUCAACAAGCUAUCUUCUGGCUUACACAAUCCGGAAAUCAGGGGUUUCCAUUAGCGAUAGAGACUAUGUCUAGGAUUUAUUUUGAGGGAAAAGCAGAAGGUUUCUUACAAAAUUAUGAGACAGCACGCCACUGGUGCUUACUAGGAGAUGAGGUCUGGCCAUACGGCCUUGAUUACUGCCAAACAUGUCUAGGUGAUAUGUUCUACUUCGGUUUAGGCGUACCGAAGGAUCUAUUUCGCGCAUUUGAAUACUAUCAAAAAGCUGCUAGUCAAUCAGGAACUUCCAGUACUCAGUCUCAGUUUAUGCUUGGUGAAAUGUUUUUUAAAACAGAAGGAUGGAAUCGUAAUUUACUUCUUGCUACAGACUAUUAUAAGAUGUCCGCAAAAGGGAAGUAUGCGCCUGCUGAACAACGUCUUCAGGAAUUGAUCACUAUAGAGGAGUCUUCCAAACAUACUGAAAAAAAAGCAGCAAAGAAAAAAUCAUGGAUGGGCUUAUUGAGAUUACUCAACAAAAAGAAAGGAUAG